CUUCCUCCACUUCGCAAGCCGCUAAAGCUCACCGGUCGCCUCGUGAUCAAUCUCACUGAACGGUCACCGCAAACGUAGCAUGUCUCGCGCGGAGGAACUCGCCCUCCUCGAGGCGGUCCGCCACCACCUCCUCGUCGACGUCGACGACUCGAACCCCGACCCGAAGGUGUCCUCCUCGGCGAGGGCCUACCGCCGGAGUUCCAGCUUCGGGAGCCUCGUCGCCGACUUGUGGUCCGACGGGCUCCCCUUCCGCCUCGACGACUCCGACGACAUGGUGGUCUACGGCGCCCUCCGCGACGCGUUCCACCACGGAUGGCUCCCCUCCGGCGUCAAGCCUGAGCCCCCCGCCGAGGAGGAGGGGGUGCUGCCGCCGCCGCUGGCGGUCCAGGUGGGCCAGCAGCAGAAGCAGGCGCCGUUGAGGGCCGCGCCGGCGAAGGGGAAGCACUACCGGGGGGUGCGGCAGCGGCCGUGGGGGAAGUACGCGGCGGAGAUCAGGGACCCGGCGAGGAACGGGGCGAGGGUGUGGCUGGGCACGUUCGAGACGGCGGAGGACGCGGCCCUCGCCUACGACCGCGCCGCCUACCGGAUGCGGGGCUCCCGGGCCCUGCUCAACUUCCCGCUCCGGAUCGGCUCCGAGGAGGCUGCGGCCAGGGCCACUUCCCCUGUGCCGUCCCCUUCGAAGCGAGCCUCUCCGGAGCCCAGCUCCUCCUACUCUUCCUCGACCUCGUCAUCUUCCUACAGCUCCUCCGCCUCCUACUCCUCCUCCUCCUCCUCACCGAAGAGGAGGAAACGGGGGGAGGCCACGGACGCAGCCGCCCCCACUUCUCCUUCUACGGCGCCGGUUCUUUGUCCGGUUCCCGUGGCGGUUCAGGGACAGACCGGCCUGGGUUUCAGCAACAGGCCAGAAAUCUUCCCGGCUGGUCCGGUCGCCCAACUGCCACAUGCCGGUCAGCUCUUAGUUACCUGAAGGCACCACAGUAAAAGAAGACAGUGAGUGGGAGAAGUGCUCAAAACAGAGCUUUCAGUGCCUCAGAAGAAACUUUGGAGUGAUCGAUGCAAUUUCUCGAGGUAAGAAAAAUGCGAUCAUAAGCACAAAGUUAGAUGAGUAGGAUAGAGAAACUAGUGGAAGAAGAGCUGCUUUUAAGCAGGCAGAGAGUCUAGUGGAUUGUGAGACUGUGAAUUGAGGGGUUUGUGGUGUGUGAUUUGCUCUUCAAUGUUGUCUACUGUGUAUGUACAAAAGAAAUCUAAGCAGUCAAUCAUCUUUAUUCUUUCUAUUGUUGUUUUUGCCUCGAAUUGUAAUGUCAAA